GGCUGGGCGGGCGGCGGCGGCGGCCUCUGGGCAGUAGAGGGGGCUCCGGGGCUGAGUCCUCACUGACGCCGGCCGCGGAGGCGGCACCAUGGGCACGGGGUAGAGGGGCAAGUCGGCCACCGCCGCCACCGGGGUGGUGGGAGAGCCUCUCCGGGGGAGGGGGCGGGUGGGGGAGGGAGGGGUGGGCGGCCGCAGCUUGGCCGCGGCACUUUUUUAAUUUUUUUCGGGUGCCGCAGCGGCGAUCCCUCGGCGCGGAUGUCCCCGAUCUCCGGAGCGACGGCGGCCGCUGCUUAACCUGGAAAGAGGAAUGCCCGCUCCUGAGCAGGCGUCAUUGGUGGAGGAGGGACAAACACAGACCCACCAGGAAGCAGCCUCCACUGGCCCAGGCAUGGAACCCGAGACCACAGCCACCACUAUUCUAGCUUCCGUGAAGGAACAGGAGCUUCAGUUUCAACGACUCACACGAGAACUGGAAGUGGAAAGGCAGAUUGUUGCCAGUCAGCUAGAAAGAUGUAGGCUUGGAGCAGAAUCACCAAGCAUCGCCAGCACCAGCUCAACUGAGAAGUCAUUUCCUUGGAGAUCAACAGAUGUGCCAAAUACUGGUAUAAGCAAACCUAGAGUUUCUGACGCUGGCCAUCCCAACAACUAUCUCAUCAGGACAGAGCCAGAACAAGGGACCCUCUAUUCACCAGAACAGACAUCUCUUCAUGAAAGGUCAUUGGGUAAUUCAAGAAGCUCAACUCAGAUGAAUUCAUAUUCUGACAGUGGAUACCAAGAAGCAGGGAGUUUCCACAACAACCAAACUCUGAGCAAGGCAGAUAAUAGGCAACAGCAUUCAUUCAUAGGAUCAACUAAUAAUCAUUUGGUGAGGAAUUCAAGAGCUGAAGGACAAACACUAGUUCAGCCAUCAGUAGCCAAUCGGGCCAUGAGAAGAGUUAGUUCAGUUCCAUCUAGAGCACAGUCUCCUUCUUAUGUUAUCAGCACAGGCGUGUCUCCUUCACGGGGGUCACUGAGAACUUCUAUGGGUAGUGGCUUUGGCUCUCCAUCAGUGACCGACCCCCGGCCUCUGAACCCCGGUGCGUACUCCUCCACCACGCUGCCUGCUCCGCGGGCGGCCUCGCCCUACUCACAGAGACCCUCCUCCCCGACCGCCGUGCGGAGGAUCGGGUCGGUCACCUCCCGGCAGACCUCCAACCCCAACGGACCAGCCCCUCAGUACCAAACCACCACCAGGGUGGGGUCCCCGCUGACUCUGACGGAUGUACAGACUCGAGUAGCUUCCCCGUCCCAAGGCCAGGUGGGCUCGUCGUCCCCGAAGCGCGCGGCCAUGACCGCCGUGCCGCAGCACCUGGGUCCUUCCCUGCCGAGGACUGUUCACGACACGGAGCAAUUCGCACAGCAGCCGUACGAGAUUUACGAGAGGAUGGUCCCUCCGCGGCCGGACAGCCUGACGGGCUUACGGAGUUCCUAUGCUAGUCAGCACAGUCAGCUUGGGCAAGACCUUCGUUCAGCUGUGUCUCCAGACUUGCACAUCACUCCUAUCUAUGAGGGGAGGACCUACUACAGCCCAGUGUACCGCAGUCCAAACCAUGGAACUGUGGAGCUCCAGGGAUCACAGACAGCACUGUACCGCACAGGCUCAGGUAUUGGAAAUCUGCAAAGGACAUCCAGCCAACGGAGUACUCUUACAUACCAAAGAAAUAAUUAUGCCCUGAACACAACAGCUACCUACGCGGAGCCCUAUAGGCCAGUACAAUACCGCGUCCAAGAGUGCAAUUACAGCAGGCUUCCCCACUCAGCACCCGCUGAUGACGGCACCACGAGAUCUCCAUCAAUAGACAGCAUUCAGAAAGACCCCAGGGAGUUUGCCUGGCGUGACCCUGAGUUGCCUGAAGUCAUCCACAUGCUGCAGCACCAGUUCCCAUCUGUGCAGGCCAAUGCAGCGGCCUACUUGCAGCACCUGUGCUUUGGGGACAACAAAGUGAAGAUGGAGGUUUAUAGACUAGGGGGAAUCAAGCAUCUGGUUGACCUUUUGGACCACAGAGUUUUGGAAGUUCAGAAGAAUGCUUGUGGUGCCCUCCGAAACCUAGUUUUUGGCAAGUCUACAGAUGAAAAUAAAAUAGCAAUGAAGAAUGUUGGUGGGAUACCUGCCUUGCUGCGACUGUUGAGAAAAUCUGUUGAUGCCGAAGUCAGGGAGCUUGUUACAGGAGUUCUUUGGAAUUUAUCCUCAUGUGAUGCCGUAAAGAUGACAAUCAUUCGUGAUGCUCUCUCACCCUUAACCAACACUGUGAUUGUUCCACAUUCUGGGUGGAAUAACUCUUCUUUUGAUGAUGAUCAUAAAAUUAAAUUUCAGACUUCACUAGUUCUGCGUAACACAACAGGCUGCCUAAGGAACCUCAGCUCUGCAGGGGAGGAAGCACGGAAACAAAUGAGAUCCUGUGAGGGGCUGGUGGACUCGCUGUUGUAUGUGAUCCACACGUGUGUGAACACAUCUGACUAUGACAGCAAGACGGUGGAGAACUGCGUGUGCACCCUGAGGAACCUGUCCUAUCGGCUGGAGCUCGAGGUCCCUCAGGCACGGCUGCUCGGGCUGAACGAGCUCGAUGACUUGCUAGGGAAAGAGUCUCCCAGCAAAGACUCGGAGCCAAGCUGCUGGGGGAAGAAGAAGAAAAAGAAAAAGAGGACACCACAAGAGGAUCAGUGGGAUGGAGUUGGCCCUAUUCCAGGACUGUCAAAAUCUCCAAAGGGAGUUGAGAUGCUGUGGCAUCCGUCAGUGGUAAAACCAUAUCUGACUCUUCUAGCAGAAAGUUCCAACCCAGCCACCUUGGAAGGCUCUGCUGGAUCUCUACAGAACCUCUCUGCUGGCAACUGGAAGUUUGCAGCAUACAUCCGGGCAGCUGUCCGAAAGGAAAAAGGGCUCCCCAUCCUUGUAGAGCUUCUGAGGAUGGAUAACGAUAGAGUGGUCUCUUCUGUGGCUACUGCCCUGAGGAACAUGGCACUGGACGUUCGCAACAAGGAGCUUAUAGGUAAAUAUGCCAUGCGAGACCUGGUCAACCGGCUUCCAGGAGGCAACGGCCCCAGCAUACUAUCAGACGAGACCAUGGCAGCCAUCUGCUGUGCCCUGCAUGAGGUCACCAGCAAAAACAUGGAGAAUGCCAAGGCCCUGGCUGACUCAGGAGGCAUCGAGAAGCUGGUGAACAUAACCAAAGGCAGGGGAGACAGGUCAUCUCUGAAAGUGGUGAAGGCAGCAGCACAGGUCUUGAAUACACUGUGGCAAUAUCGGGAUCUCCGGAGCAUUUACAGAAAGGAUGGGUGGAACCAGAACCAUUUUAUUACACCUGUGUCAACGUUAGAGCGAGACCGAUUCAAAUCACAUCCUUCCUUGUCCACCACCAACCAACAAAUGUCACCCAUCCUUCAGUCAGGCUCCAGCAAACCUUCACCAAUUUACAUCAGUUCCUAUUCCUCACCAGCAAGAGAACAAAAUAGACGGCUACAGCAUCAACAACUGUAUUAUAGUCAAGAUGACUCCAACAGAAAGAAUUUUGAUGCUUACAGAUUGUAUUUGCAGUCUCCUCAUAGCUAUGAAGAUCCUUAUUUUGAUGACCGAGUUCACUUUCCAGCUUCUACUGAUUACUCAACACAGUAUGGACUGAAAUCAACCACAAAUUAUGUAGACUUUUAUUCCACUAAACGACCUUCUUAUAGAGCAGAACAGUACCCAGGGUCCCCAGACUCAUGGGUGUAGCAUCGAGACACUGGGCAGAGGAACUCUUUCUUUCUAACCUUGUUUGGAUUGAGGUGAAAAGUCCAUCUUGCUGAUUUGAUGAUGAAAUAUGAAAGUGAAAUGGAAGGAAUGAGUGAAGAGCAUAUUUUAUUUUCUUUUGAGGAAUUUUCAGGGAAGUGAGAAAAACCUUGGGAGAGGACUUUCUAAGCUUUAUCUAGGUGUUAGAUCUAACUACUUGUAGAUUCUGUAGUCUGGUGAAGGUGUGGGUGCCGUGAUGAGAGGUUUGAGAAAUGGGUGAAAUGAGAUGGGGUAUGUGUAGGUCAAAUCAAAUUCAAGAUGAUUUUUUUAAUGUGAAUAAAGUUAUGUUCUGAUAGUUUGUACAGAAAAAAAUGGAUGCCCUUCAUGUUUUAUUGCUAUUACUAAAUGUCAAGAUUGUAUGCUAUUAUGUCUUGUAAAUUUCUUUUGUUGGUGUAAAUAUGGAAAUGCCACAUUGGUUAAGUGCCAUCAUUUGUAAUGCAGUGUGUCAUUUGAAAAGAGAGUCGAAGAAAGUGACAGCUUACAACCAAAUGGGUAACUCGAGGAACAGUUAACAGUUUAAAACAAAUGUAGACAUCCUUUGUUUUCACAAUGAAUAGUGUACUUUGGAAGCACAAAGUCCAGGCUGGUAUCACAGCUCCAUGCCCAUUCCCUGCCUCUUUCAUAGGACACGUCACUGCCAUUUUCUAUGCACAUGAAAGAAAAAUAAAUGUGGAAAUUUCAUCCUUG